GGUUAGGUUGGCUCAUCAGCGCCAUUGUUUGUCAAAGCUGUCAUUUUUUUUUUUUUUUAUUUCCAAUGGAAACUUAAUUUGAUUCAAUUAAUUUUUUACAAUAAACAAUAACAUACCAUGACGUCAUUAAAUAUAUAACAAAUAAAAAAAAAAUAAUAACAAAAACUAAGGUCAUGUCGUCGACAAGAAAAAAAGUAUUUUCAUCUUGAGAGAGAAUGCAGUGUGCAAAAUAUUUUCUGGAUGACAGUUGUUGUUGUUGUUGUUAUCAUCAAUAUCAAUAAAUAAAUUACAAUAACAAAUAAUAAAUAAAAAAAAAGCUAAUUGACAUCUUCAUAAUAUUAUCUAGAAACUUCAAAUGUUUAAUAAAUAAAUAAUUAAGAAAAUUUAAUUAAAAAAAUUAUGUGGGUGUUUGGUUAUGGAUCGCUAAUAUGGAAAGUUGAUUUUCCAUAUGAACGUAAAUACAUUGGUUACAUAAAAGGAUAUACUAGAAAAUUUUAUCAAAAAAGUACUGAUCAUCGUGGAGUACCAAGCAAGCCAGGUAGAGUUGUGACACUUAUUGCUUCAAAUAAUCAAGAUGAUGAAGUAUGGGGAAUAGCAUAUAAAAUAUCAAAAAAUGAUGCUGCAAAUGUUAUGAAUCAUUUGGAUUUUCGAGAACGUGGUGGUUAUCAACGUAAAACAGUUUUAUUCCAUCCUUGUAAACCAAAAGAAAAACAUGAUCCAAGUUUAUUGCAUAAUUGUCAAAAUUCAAGUAAUAAAAAUCAGCCAAUUGUACCAUUGACACCAACACCAUCAGAAGAAAUGCCAUUUCCAUUGACAAUUUAUAUUGGUGAAGAAUCAAAUCCAAAUUAUGCUGGUACUGAAAGUAUUCAAACAAUUGCUGGACAUAUUGUUGAUGCUCAUGGACCAAGUGGUUCAAAUAAAGAAUAUCUUUAUAAUUUAGCUACUGCCAUGAGAAUGAUUGCACCAGGUGUUAUUGAUAAGCAUUUAUUUACACUUGAAAAUGCUGUCAAAGAAUUAGAGACAAACACUGUUCCGUCUAAUCAAGAUGAAUGAACAUUCUAAUAAAAUUUUAACAAAAAAAUAGUAAAAUAAAUUCAUAUCAUUUUCCAAUUUUUUGAUUAACAAAUUAUACAUUUUUUGAUAAAUUAUUUUAUAUAAAUAUUUUAAAAAAUUAUUUAGAUAGAGGAAAUAAUUGAUUAUAUUUAGGAAAUUUAAAACAAUUUUAUUUUCAUCUUAUCAGCUUUUUGUAAAAAUUGUAAAUUGGUCAUGUAAUUUUAAUUGUAUUUAAUAAACAAUUUUAAUUUUAAUUUUGUUUUUUUUU